AUGGAGACAUGGCUACCAGCCAAAUGGCCAUGGGCCCUCGACAUCCUCAAACGACAAUAUGACGCGCUCCCGGACCAGCGUAUACUCAUGUUUCAAUCGCAGUACUUUGACAGAAUCGGACCUAACAUGACGUUCAAAUUGUUUGGGAAACAAGGCUAUCUCACUGCCGACCCCAAAAAUGUGGAGUCUAUACUAUCGACAAAAUUUGAAGACUGGUGUCUUGGCUCCAGGCGAGCUGGACUGAUGCCUCUACUGGGUGAAGGUAUUUUUACACAAGAUGGAAUGCCAUGGAAGCACUCAAGAGAGUUGCUUCGUCGUCAAUUUGCUCGAAUUCAUCGCCAAGAUUGCAAAGUGUUUGAUGCACAUGUCGAGGAUCUGAUUUCCAGACUGCGCGCCACUGGAGGUGUGAUAGACCUGCAGCCUCACUUUUUUCGAUUCACUCUAGCCACAACAACAGCGCUCCUGUUCGGGGAGUCUGUCUCUGCCUUGCCUGGAGAAGAGACAGAUUCGUUUGAAAAUGCAUUUGACUAUGCCAGCUCGGUCAGCGCACUCCGACUUCGUCUGGCAGAUUUGCAAUGGAUAUGGAAGCCGACUAAGUUCCGCGUAGCUUGUGCUGUUGUCAAGCAAUAUGCGACUCGUUUUGUACAGCUUGCCCUGGAUGAAAUGGUAAAAAAUGGCGAGGAGACGGCAUCAAGGAAGUAUCCAUUCAUCAUCGAGCUGUACAAGAAUUUGCAGGAUGACUUGUUGGUGAGGGAUCAACUGGUCAAUGUUCUAAUCGCAGGUCGGGAUACGACAGCAUGUCUCAUGUCAUGGGCGUUCUUCCUUCUCGUGCGACACCCCAGAUCCCUGGCUCAACUUCGUUCUGAGAUCGAUCAGGCUACAGAAGGCUCGCCAGAAUUGACUCGGGCAAAGAUCAAGAAGAUGAAGUAUCUCCGAUGUGUGCUGAACGAAACUCAAAGACUAUACCCGCAACUUCCAAUGAACGUUCGAGUAGCCGCUAAAACGACAGUGAUCCUCCGUGGCGGAGGUCCAGAUGGCAGAUCCCCGGUCCUUAUUCCCAAAGGUACCGGGGUUGGCUAUUCGGUCUAUCACAUCCACCGGCUCCGAAGCCUGUAUGGCGAAGACGCAAAUGAGUUUCGUCCCGAAAGAUGGUUGGAUCACGAGCUAGAAGACAUUGGCUGGGGAUUUAUGCCUUUUCAUGGUGGGCCGCGGAUAUGUCUAGGCAAGGAUUUGGCGCUGGGAGAAGCUUCGUGUGCGAUAAUACGAAUCCUUCAGGCAUUUCCAGAGCUUAGAAUACCGCCUGGAACCUCUACUGUUCCACCUGGAGAGGAAAAGCAAACGUUGACAAUUGUGGUGAUGAGUGCAGAGGGGUGCAGGGUGCGUUUAGAUUGA